AUGCCAAAUCUCCAAUCUCCUGUGCUGCCAGCACAGGGCAAGGUCCAGCCCCAGACACAUCGACGAACACAUUCCUUAACCCCAGAUACAUCUCGAACGGCCUCACCAUUAAACAAAGUAUGGGUGGAAACCCAAUCUGCACAUGAGCUAUCCGGAGGAACAAAUCAGAACAGAACCAAAGACUCUGUUCUCUUACCUGCAACUGUAGCCCUCGCUUCAGGAAACAGCCCAGGGUCCUUGGAUGAAGAGAGAGCUCCUUCGCGACGACCUCGAACACAUCAACGCUCUCUUACGCAACUAUUACCUUCUUGGAGUACGCGUCAAAAUAACCCAAGCCUACACAGAUCGGCCGAGAAUUCUCCAACGAAGGAGGAUCAACAUCUCGAAUACAUGGCGUCCUUGACUGGAGAUAAGGGUGGUCGAACAAGGAUUCCCGAAAGAUCAAGGGGAGGGAGAAGCGGUUGGUUUGGGGGUUCGUCGCCUUCGGAAGCUGCAGGAUUAGAACAAGAUGGAUUGGUCUCGAAAAUGCCAGCUGCGAGAGAACCGUCGCCGAAUCCAAAGCUCGAGAGAAAGGGUACUCUCCCUGUCGUCGAACUCAACUCUACUCCUGCGAAAUCAACCGGCGGCUCAAUGUUCGGCUUCUUUUCCUCCCCGAAAGCUCCUGCCAAAGCGAUCGAACUACCCUCAGAUCCGGAUAGCGACGAAUAUCUCACACUUGACAUCCACUCGUCAUUAUUUCCACUCGGCGCAGCUGAUCCUUUUUCGCCUGCUGCCUUCAAGAACCUUCAAAGCAACGCCGAAGGUCUCUUAUUAAAACUCCAAACCGUAUACAAACUUCGCACAAUCCAAUACCAUGAAAUGAAAGCCGAGAAAGAUGCACAAGGAGAAGAACUCGAAGAAGCCAAAAUCCGCGCCGAACAUCUUAAACUUCAACUUGAAGAUAUGGCUAAGAAGUUUAAUGAACAAGACACUGCUAUGGAGGACCUGGUAACCCAACUCGCCGUAGAAAAACAGGCUCGUGUGGAACAGAGAGAUCAGCAUAUCGCUCAGAUAAAGAGGACGGAAGAAGCAGCGAGGAUAGCAUAUCGUGCAAGCUAUUGUUCUACGGUUGGGGAAGAAGACCUAGGGAUUCCACCAGACAUAAGGGCUAAAUGGAGGAAAAGUGCAGGUAGUACUGAUUUGAGUGGGGAAAGUGAUGAUGAUAUGGCAAGUGGUGGGGGAGAGAGUGUCUUCUCGAGAAGCAGGAGUCCCACACUUACAGUCUCAACUGUCAUGACCAGAGACAGUACAAGAGACAGUACUCCUGACAUCCCUUCAUCUUUUGGGCGUGUUGGUGCACUUCAAAGGGAUGCUCAAUUCACCAAUAACCCUACAAUAGUAAUUCCAACAAAACCCAAGCCCCAAACAUCAGCCUUCAGGAAAAUCUUAGGCAUUGGCUCCAGCGAAUCGAGUCCUACAAAUACAUGUUCAAAUUGUAGUGGCCAGGGAACAUCGAUGGCGUGGGACACUGUGGGCUUAUUGAGAGCUGAAAAUAAGAGUUUGAAAGACAGGGUUAGUCAUCUGGAGGGAGCAGUCGAUGGCGCGCUGGACAUAUGUGGAGGCCUGUUUCCUGCUGGGUCCGGCUUAUGA